AUGUACGCCUCUCACACUCGCAGGCUUCUUCGCCGCGACAGGGGAGCCCGUGCCCAUGGCGGCGCCGCCAGGAGGCGCGCGUCGAAGCCUCUGUUGUGCUUCGUCGGCGCCAUCCUCCUCGUCGCGGCCUCUCGCCACACCCUGCUCCCCAAGGUGCCAUUUCUGGGCUCCUUUUGGAGAGUUUCAUUGGCAUCUGGUGCUUACAUUCCCAUGCCCAAAUUUUACGGUGUAAAGUAUGAGCUGCACACGCUCCCUGUGGAUGCGAAGGCGGUGGCCGACGGUGACACAAUCACAGUGUAUGUUGACGCGGCUGACCCUCGUGAGUCCGCCAACGUGCCCCGUGAAGUUCAGCAAGCCGCCGCAGAGCGAACCAAGGCGCGGACGGCCAAGAACUAUGAGAAGGCUGAUAUGCUACAUAAGAUCAUAGUGGAUGCCGGAUAUAGGCAAGUUCCUGACUUGACAGGGAAACAUGUUCUCGCGAAGAAGUACCGGAUCAGGCUAAGAGGGAUUGAUGCACCAGAGAACUCGAUGCCUUAUGGUAAAGAGGCAAAAGAGGAGCUGGUGAGGCUGGUGAAGGGAAGAACCUUAAAGGUUUCCAUAUGUGAUACUGACCGGUACGGUCGAUUAGUUGGAGAUGUUGUCUGCAAUGGUGUCUUCGUGCAGGAACACAUGCUGAAGAAAGGCCUCACAUGGCACUACUCUGCGUAUGAUCGACGGCCUGAGCUCGCAGAGUGGGAGAAGCAGGCGUGGGUGAGCGGGUUGGGCCUGUGGGCGCUGCCGAACCCUGAGAAGCCAUGGGAAUGGAGGAAGGAGAAGCGCGCGAGGAAAUGGUGA